GCGGCGCAGUUUUCGAAUGUUAACGGGCGGAGGAAGCGCUGAGAGAGGAGCUACGGGAUUUCAGAUAAAUGAGAUUUAAUAACGCUUUAUAAACGCUCUGGAAAAAAUGAAGAGACCACUUCAGUUUCUGAAUCUGUUUCUCUGAUUUUGCUAAUUAAAGAGCGGUUCAUCAUGGUCCGGGAGCGGGUGGUCCAAAAAAAGUCGUUCCAGCAAAGCCUGGACGACAUCAAGGAGAAGAUGAAGGAAAAAAGAAACCAGCGGCUGGCAAACGCUAGUGCUAGUGCUGCGAGCCGCGGGCUUUCAAAACUGAAGAACAAAAAUGCAGCAACAGUGAAGCCGUUCGUGCUGAAGAGCGUGCAGGUGAACAACAAAGCCCUGGCCCUGGCUCUGCAGGCAGAGCGGGAGAAAGUACGGCAAGCGCAGGGCAUCAUUCUGCAGAUGAAGAGAGAGAGGCAGGCUCUUAUUUUCCACCUGCUGAUGCUGAAGAGGGCUCUGAGAGAAGCAGGGGCACUGAAACCUGCACAGGGGUCCUCUACUGAUGAGCCGAAGUUGAGUCUUCCUGAGCCCACCAGCCCUGAGCCCAUAGAUACAGCAGAAACUGUCCCUCAAGAUGAUGAGCUCUGCCCAGCUGGUUCCUCAGAAUCUGUUUCCAGUGGAUCUCAAGAUGGUCCAGCUUCUUUGCCAGCGACUGUGGGAAUGCGGCGUCGUAGAGAUGGAAAGAAACGAUCUGAGCGUCUGCGGAGGCGGAGCUCGCUGUUCGACCCUGCCUCUGUGGGAGGUACUGUCACAGAAGAGGUGGAGCCACCGUCCUCAGACAUGAUGGAGGGACUUUCUGAGCAGGACCCUGAGCUCAACCUCGACGCAAAUGUAGAUCAGAAGCCACUUCCUCCCAAUUCAACUGACGGCUCCAAACCAGGGCUGGACUCAGAACCUCCUGAGAUAUCAGCCGUCAAGCACUCGACUCCAGAGCCGCCUCAGCGCAACGUCUCCAGGCAGACCAAGAAGAAGAACACCCAGGUCGCCCCACGUUCCAAACCCGAGAGGGGUCGCAAGCCGGACCGCGCCCCUCUGAAGAAGCCGUGGGAGAACACAAAGCCACGAGCGCGCUCCAAGAGCCGGGACCGCUCACGCACCCGAGCCCAAACGGCACCAGUGCCAUCCGACCGUCUCAACUCCUCUCUGGGGGGCAACGAUACGUUCGAUUUUGACUGUGAAGAGGCGGUCCACAUCACGCCCUUCAGAGCCGGCAGCAAAGCGUCAGAGAACCAGCCGGAGAAGGCCCCGCCCUCUCCUAUUGCCCCUCCCUCUCCUGUCACUAUGGAGGUGGAAUCAAGUCCCUCUGAACCUGAAAAGGAAGCGGACGACAGUCUGUACGUUCCGGAGAAGAAGCUCAGACGAGCUCGAAGCCCACCACCCAGACGAGCACGGUCCAAGAGAAGGUCCACUCAGAGAAAGGGGAAAGAGAACGCACCCCCAAAGAAGCCCCGCACUACCUCUGAGAACACAGAAGUCAGCAAAACGUGUGGUUCAGCCUCGAACGAUGCUCUACCGACCCGUACAGGACAACAUCUCCCACAAUCCCCGGAUACAGGCCUGCUUUUCCCAGAGUCCCCUAUAUGUUUGCCUCCUGAAAAUUUCAAGGAGUCAACCCCAAGCCUAAAGACUAAUAAAGCUCCCUCCCCUGAACUGGACACCGCAUCUCCACUGCCUGUAAAUCCUGCUGAGGAGGCAGAGCUGAUGAUCGACAGUCCUUUCUUUGAACUGGCAACCUGCCCGAGCCAAUCAUCCGAGCAGGAGAAUAACAUGCCUGAUGUGAUGAAUAAACCUAAAAGGAGAAAAGCUUUCUCCUCUGAGCUGGACACCGCAUCUCCACUGCCUGUAAAUCCUGCUGAGGAGGCAGAGCUGAUGAUCGACAGCCCUUUCUUUGACCUGGCAACCUGCCCGAGCCAAUCCUCCGAGCAGGAGAAUAACAUGCCUGUUCUGAUGGAUAAAUCUAAAAGGAGAAAAGGUGGGCUGGUUGUACGUUCCUGUCUGGGGUUGGCUUUGAGUGAUGUGACAAAUCUCUCCCCUGCAGCCUAUCAGAAGCCUCUGCCUGGCCGAGACUCCACCCCCGCUGCCGGCCGUAGGAGACGCUGCAGUAGUAGCGUCAACUACAAGGAGCCAUCGAUUAGCUCGAAGCUUCGCCGUGGAGAUAAAUUCACGGACACCCAGUUCCUGCGCUCCCCCAUCUUCAAGCAGAAGUCCCGCCGCUCGCUCAAAACCAUGGAGAAAUAUAACGAGUCGUUCGUUGGGCUGCCGCUGAUCUGAGUCUGCAGCUGGAGCAGUUUUUUUUUGUAAUGUUUGUGUAAUUUUUGUUGGAUAUUUUUAUUGUUUUGUUAAAGUAUUGUUUUGUGUUGUAAACAAUAUAUUCAUAGUGUAAAUAUAUCAGUGUGGUUUUAACUCAUUUUAAUGGCGAACCAUGAAUAAUAAAGUUUGUCUUUUAAUAAACACACUGGUGUGAUAAAAGCGAUUACAUAAAGGAACAUCAGACACCUGCAGGUCUGUCUCGAUACCAUUUUUUUGUGGACGAUAUAUUGUCCCAGAAAUUAUUGGGAUAAAUUAUAUUAUUUCCAAUUUAAAGUCAUUAAAUGCCACUGAUAUAACGAUAGUGGAACUGCAUAACAAAGCAAUUAUACACUUAUAAAUAAAACACAUUUUAAUUUAUCAUAUUUAGGGAAAUCUAUAUUUUUUUUCUUUAUCUACUGCAGUCUGUGCACACUGUGUGUUUGUUAUUGAGUCACAGUUAUUAAAACGUUGGUCUGGUUUUGCAUGACCUGAUAAAAUGUCAUCUGCUGGUGUUGAUCCACUGUGUUUUAUUAUCAAGUCUAAAGUCAGUGCAGUUUUGUUUUCCCACAAAAUCUUACAGCAGUUCAUGCUUCCCUCUGCUACUGGCAACUUUUAGGGAGAUGCAGAUUUCAUUUUCCAGCAGGACUUGGCACACUGCCAAAAGUACCAAUUGGUCUCAUAUAAUUUUCUAAUUUUCUUAAACACUGAUUUAGGGGGUUUUAUUGGUUGUAAGCCGUAAUCAUAUAAUCAUAAACAUCUAAAUGUGUUCCAUAUUGUGAUCUGAAUUACUGAAAUAAAGUAGAAUAAGUUUUUUAA